AGAUACAAAUAUGGGUACAAAAUGUGGUCGAUGGAAUCCGACUGCGGAACAAGUUAAAGUUCUAACUGACCUGUUCCGCUCAGGACUCCGUACUCCGACCACAGAUCAGAUUCAAAAGAUAUCGUCACAGUUGAGCUUUUAUGGAAAUAUCGAAAGUAAGAAUGUGUUUUAUUGGUUCCAAAACCAUAAAGCCAGAGAACGACAGAAACGUCGUCGUAAGGUUUUGGUUGAUGAAACAAACAAUGAUGAAGACAUGAGAAUCCAAUUGGAUAAUAUCUCCUCAAACAAACGUAAGUAGUCAGAAAAAAAACAGAUAAAUAGUAAUCAUGAUACGGAUGAAAGAGUAAUAGAAACUUUGCAACUGUUUCCUUUAAAUUCAUAUGCUGAGACAGAGAAGUUAAGGCUAUUCACAGAGGAAUACAUGAAGGAGAACAUGACAUUAUCGUGCUCUAUCGGGGCGGAAAUGGAUCAUCCAACGUUGGAUCUACGUCUAAGUUUUUUUUCAUAGAAAAAUAAAAUAAUUAUGUACUUGUAUCAUUUAAUUAUUAGCAGCAGCAGCAGUAGUAGUAUAUUUAAUUUCCUACUAUGAAAUAUGAAUAGCCUAGUAUAGUACUAUAUUGUAAGGAGGGUUUGCAA